AUUACCGUUUGACGAUGACAACCUCAGGAAUCUACUAGAGAAAGUAAAGAAAGGCAUCUUUCAUAUCCCUCACUUUGUACCUCCGGAAUGCCAGAAUUUACUGCGGGGUAUGAUCAAAGUUAGCCCAGAAGAACGCUUCACAAUGGCUCAAGUUCAGCGACAUCAAUGGUACUUAGGUGGCAGCAAAAGUGAUGGAGCCGAAGUGGAACCUAUACGACUUCCUUCUCCUAAGAUUGCUGUUAUACGAAGUGAAGAUGAAAUUGACUCUGAUGUUUUAGGUAAUAUGGCUUCCUUGGGAUGUUUUAAAGACAAGGAGAAUUUAACAGUCAAACUAAUGAGUCUAGAUGAAAAUACAGAGAAGGUAAUCUAUGGCCUGCUAUUAGAUCGCAAACUCCGUAAACCAAGCUAUGAAGAUGAAAAGCAAUAUAGAACCAGAUCUGACUCAGCUGAUCCACCAAGAAAACGGGUUGAUUCAUAUCGAAGUAGGCGGCCCGAGAGAAGACUAACGGACAGGUCACGUGACAGCACACCCACGCAUGCAAAACGUGUGUUGAUGAUGGCAGAAUCAAGCAGGAGCAGAAGCCUAACAUGUAGCCCGGCACGAACUUCAGGGAAUGGCGUGUACCAACCACGCCGCAGUCAUCCUACUUCCGCGUCAAGUUCCAGCAGUGGAAGCUCAGGUACGCCGCCAGAUAGUCCGACAGGAAGCAAUCCACCGACACCAUGGAAGGCCAAGUUAAAUAGCUUCAAAAAUAGUAUUCUAGGAUCACCUAGAUUUCAUCGUAGAAAGAUGCAGCCAGCAGAACAAGAAGAACUAACACUGACUCCAGACAGUUCACCAGAAAUGUCCAAAAAAUCUUGGUUUAGCAAUCUAAUGAGCUCAGAGAAAGAAGAAGAGGUGAUAAUGGCAAUUGCAAACAAGUCGCUAAGUGUUAUCAAAGCAGAUCUGGUACAUGCAUUGUUAUCGAUCCAGGAUCUUUCGCAUUGCGUCCAGUCUCAGACAUUAUUCAAGGCCGAGUAUCGACGUGGAGGGAGUGGCGCUGUCUUUGCAAAGCCAAUCAAAUUCCAAGUUGAGAUUCGUCUGCCAAAAGAAGAUGAAUGUCAAGAGGUUAUGCAAUACAAUCUUCAUUUCAUUCUGGUUGCAGGACCAACACGUCGAUUUAAACGUUUGAUAGAACUUAUCCAAUCACAGAUGGCUGUAACAAGAAUUCGCGGACGAGGAAGUUCCAAAAUUAAGUCACCCAAUUCAUCUCGUAGGUCCAAACGGAUGGUACCGACAUGCAGUGAAGAGGACGAUGUGUUUAGGCCAAUGCAUCGUGAUGACGAGAACUGUAAUGAGAAGCCACUAGCAAAUAGUGAUGCUCCUUGUACGAUAUCAAAUAAAUAACACUUUCUCACAAGAUCAAACCUCCUAUUGGCUACUGCUUAACUUCUAACAGCUAACGAUGCAAUAUUUGUUUUUUGAGUGCUGUUAGCAGUUAUGUGUUGUAAAUUUACCCAAUCAGCAAAGGGCUUAUAAUAGUAUAGAAUGAUAAAUAAACUUGGUAGAUAUUUGAAUUUUUAAAAAGUGUACAAAUUCACUUAGGAACCAUAGGCUUUGGAUUGCCAGACUGGAUCCAAAAGCCUAGAUUCUGUGACCUGGAAUUACUUAGGUCGGAUUUCCAGGCUUAAGAUCUGUUGACCUAUGAUAUAAUAGGGAGCUUUUGGAUUGCACAACGACGGUAGGAAGUAGCAAUGACGUCAGUAAAAGUCAUCUGCACAUGCGAGAAUGUUAAGGUCACCUCAUCCAGUAGAUUCCGGAACGCAAUUUGGCCAAAUCCGCGUACGCAGAGAACGUAGGACGCCAGGUAGGACGGUCACGCAUGAGUGAUUCCGUUCUAGCAUCGCGUCGUCGCACAAAUCAAAAGCUCCCUAUAGCCUUAAGAUAGCAACUCUAGGUCGCAGUUCAACCUGUCCAUGGGAUGUAAUAUGUAUCAGGAUCAUUCCUGACAUUUUAAGUAAUGUUCCUACAGUAUAAGUAGAGUUAAUGAAUGAUGAACACAGCCAGAUAUCCUACCUCUCUAUUGCAAUGACAGAAUAGGCAAAUGUAAAGUCUUCAUAAUGUAUUGUACUCCUUUUUGUUACACUAAAAGCCCCUCUUGAUCAUUUUCAUUUUGGUCGAAAUAUGCGAUCAUGCUACUGUAGUUUAAGUAACAUGAUAAACAUUAAAACAUUCAAGAACAUGAUCACUUUACAUGCCCCAGCUCAUGUCAUCCUCGUCUUUCUACUUAGGUAUAUGAUCACACUCAUCAAACCCAUGAUCACACAUAUUGUUUCAAUUUCCAAUUGUAGAGAUAUGAUCAUGCUAUUCAUCAUGACCAAGUGGGUAGUUCAAUAACAUGAUCAUGCUACAGGUAGACUAAUAACAUGAGCUUGCUACAGGUAGGUGAAUAACAUGAUCAUGCUACAGGUAGUCCAAUAGCAUGAUUAUGCUACAGGUAGUCCAUAAUCAUGCUACAGGUAGUCCAAUAACAUGAUCAUGCUACAGGUAGUUCAAUAACAUGAUUAUGCUACAGGUAGUCCAAUAACAUGAGCAUGCUACAGGUAGUUCAAUAUGAGCAUGCUACAGGUAGUCCAGUAAAAUGAUCAUGCUACAGGUAGUCCAGUAAAAUGAUCAUGCUUACAGGUAGUAAAUAACAUGGUCAUGCUACAGGUAGUCCAAUAACAUCAGCAUGCUACAGGUUGAUGAAUAACAUGAUCAUGCUGCAGGUAGUCCAGUAACAUGAUCAUGCUACAGGUAGUCCAAUAGUAGCAUCCAGUAGUCUGGAACACAAAUUGUCCAAAGACUUUAUCAUCAUAAAUAGUGUAUACACAAUACUUAAUUGGUCAUGUGGCACAUAAUUCUAGCCUGCUUUGCACAAAUAGACACAGUGAUGUUGUUAAUCCUCUUGCAAGCCUAGUUUGAAGUAGAACAGAAACCAUUACUUAGAAAUACAUUGUUAUGGCUAAAGCAAUAAUGAAAUUUUACAUACACAUUUGAAAAUAAAUUGCUUUUGUAAGCAUUUCAGUUCAGGUCCAAAUUUCAUUUCCUUUGAAUGGAAUUUAUAUUGAUGACGUUACUGUGGUUGAAUCGCCUCAAGUGGCUAAUUUGUGUGUUUUUGCGGUUCAUUGUGCCCAAGUUGUUAUUCACUGAUAAUGUGUAUUCAUUCAUAUACAGUUACUACCCCCUAACAACAUCCCUAUUACAUCCCCAGACAUACUUUUAUUAAGCUUCUUUCCUUAACAUGGUCAGAUGUGGCAUUUUUAUUAACAGUAGGCCAUUACAAUGGCCAUUAACUGUAUAACUUACUCCGGUACAAGUAACUCUAUCCUUACCCAUAGAAAGGCUCUCCCUAGGGGAGGUCUCUAGUGUGCUAUUUACCUCUACUCCAUUUUUUUUAACAGUUUUGUUUAAGUGAUGUUCAUUUUAUAUUUACAUAUAUCAAAAUUCAUUGGUGCUAUUAAUUUAUUGAUGUAUUCUUAUUUAUUGUAUUUAUAUUCACUUGUUAAACCUCUUCAGUGAAUUUUGACAUCUCAUCAUGGGAAUUGGAAAUGACAAUUUGUUUGCCAAAUUUUUUAUUGUGACGUUGUGCGGGAUAGUAUAUAGUCUUUGGUUGAGCCAACUUCUGCUACAUUUUUUUUCCAUCUUGGAAUAUUCAAAGUGGAUGUACUAUAAACCUGCAUGGCUGUUAAUGUCCACUGUACUCUUGAUUGACCUUAAUUCCCUCAAUUACGGUAUAGAUCUUGCCAUAUACCACAGAAACGAUUUUUUGGCCACAAUUAUGGAAUAAUGAUGAAAGUGGUUCUCAAUAUAGAUAAGGGUACUGUAUUUAUUUGAAACGAUAGAAGAUUGGUUAUUAUUAGCAUUCUUAGUUCAAGUAAAAUAUUGAAUUAAAUUUUAGUGAAACUAAUAUAACUCUUCAUAGAGAAUAGCACUACACUGUUCCAGGAUUGAAUCAGCCCCCACCCCCAAAAAGUACAUUAAGUUGGUUUUAUCUAGCAUUCAAUAUUAUAAUUGUUUAUAAAUGUCUAACAAAGACAAUAAUUAAAUAUUAAGUAGUAAAAUAAUUUAAUUUCCUGUUAAAAGAAAACAAAGAUGCUAUUGUUAUUGUAAAUUUGUACAUACAAAAUAUUUCAAAUUGAGUGCAUACCAGACCAUUAUUAUUUUACUAAAAUUUUAAAAUAUGUUUAAAUGAUAUUUAGUGUUGUUUGUGGAUUUUUGUUUUUAUCCUGUGAUGAGCUUUCAGUUGCCAGUAUCGUUUAUCAUAGAUCUUGUAAAAAAUCUAUCAAAAUUAUUUGAAUUCUGUGUGUGAAUAUAAUUUAUGUAAAUGCUCAGACGAAAACGUGUGUUGACUAUUGUUCAGUGAUAGGUAUUAUUAAAUUAUUAAUUUUAGUAAAAUUUAUAUUCUUAUUAUAUUAUUGAUAUUAUUAUUACUUAUUAUUAUUCUUUAUUGCCAAGAUACCAUAUAAUAUAAAGCAUAGGGAAUGCUGAAGUUGAUAGAGUAGGCAGGAACCAUACUCGAAGAUAGAUUUGAUAAUUUAAUAAAGACAAAUAUACUUAAUCUUUUAGUCAUAUACUCUAGUAACAAUGUUCGUUGAUUAGUAUUAUUUAAUAGACAAUAAGAGUGAGUUUAAGUUUCCAGAAAAAAUUCACACUGUUUUGAUUGAGCUCUGAUCCUUGCGUGCUAAUACAGUUUAAUAUAUUUAAAAAGACAAUUAUAACACAGCUCAUUUUAAUAACAAAAUAUAGUAAUUUACUAUCUUGUUUUAUUUCAUUUUCAUUUCAUUUAUUCGUCUCAAAAAAUACAAUUCACAUAAAAUAUCAUACACAAAAAAGACGGAGAGACAGGAAAUCCAAAAAGAGAACUAAAUCAACUGUCAAGUGGAUUACCUAACAAAAAAAAAACAAAACAGACACAAAAUAUAAAAAUAUAAAUUAUUAUUUUUCUUGUUUUUGUUUUCUGUAUCUGUGGUUCAUAUAGUAGAGAGGUCUUGCAAACUUAUGAAAACGAUAACGAAUACGAUUACAUCAGCAUAUCUGUCACAAUGUAGGCCAUGCAUGUUUUUAAGUUAAUCAAAGAUCAUAGUCAGCUCAUAUAUGCAUUGUCAACAAUGUUGUAGGCUCGAAUUAUGAUCAUGACGAUGACGUUUUUCUUAUUGUUUUCGUAAGUUUGUGAAUUCUCCGUGAUAUUUGCUGUUCCUUGGUAUUGAAUUCCAUCCUUAAAUGUAGUAUGGUAAUACAACUGCAGUUCAUGUAUGUAUGUAUUAGUCAAAUAGUUUAUUUUAUAUUAUUUACUAAAGGCUCAAUUUGUAAAUCAAAAUGUCUAUUCAGAAAUAUUUAUAUAUGUAUAUAAGUGAGACAAAAUUAUAAUUUAUAUCAUAUUGUUGCUUUUUGUUGUGAGUGAAUAUGUUCCAGUUUCACAUGUAUUGAUUAAAGUGUUUCCUCGGCCACUAAGUCGGUUUGCGUGGUCUAAAAUCUUGGUGGCCCUGUUUCAUCCGCUUUAAAUGUAUUUAUCAUGUGUACUGUAUUAAGCAUAAAACAAAUGACUCUUAAUGAAUUCAGUAGCAUUGUCUUAAAUCAAAACUAUUAACAAGUAUUUUGGUAGUAAAUUUUAAUUCCCAUUUGAUAUAAAUUUAAUGUAAUGAUUUCCUUCCCAAGCAACAGUACUGUGAUUUUACUCAAUUGGUUAUUUGUGUUAUGACACUGGUGCUGUGUAAACUAAAUCUCAUUUGUUUAGGUGUUAUAAAUAUUACUACUUUGGGAUCAAACCAUUGAUAACGGUAUUCAAAAGAAAGCACCUUACAAGUCAACUCCCAUGUUUAAUGAUGAUAUAAAAUUAAAUACACCAUCAAGAAUAUACUAUGGAAGUAUGUAUAUAAACAUUUGGUCAGAUAUUGAUUAAUAACCAAUGUUACAUCAAAUUUAUUAUAAAAACUUAUUAGGUAAAGUGGAUGCAGGCUAAACAUAAGAAUUAGUAUUAAUAGUGCAUUGUGAAGGGGUAGAUGGAUUAUACUACCAAUGGAUGCUGAGCUCUUUCCGCUGUCAUCCAUAGGGUGUUGUGUCACCUACUGUAAAAAUACUACCAAGGAGUGUUGAUUACCCUACUAAUAGACAGGGAGGGCAAUUGGGCCUUUCCCUCAUCAAGGAACUGUUAAAUCCUUUAAUAAGCCCUUCUAGAUCUCAAAUACAUCUGCUUUCAGAUUACAAAACUAGCAUGAGAAUAUAUGUAAUUCAAAUGAAUUCUAAAUAGUUUGGUGUAUUACAGCAGAGCUCACUAAAAUUACUAUAAGUUUUAUAUAAAUAUUAAUAUGUAUUUCAAAUAUUUAUCUUCAUUGAUCUAUCAAACAUUAUUUUAUACCAAAGGCUAUGAAAUUUGAUCCAUUAGAAAUAAGCUAUCAUUUGUUAAAUAACAGUAGAUUAAUUUAAUAUUAUAGUACAAGAAAUGUCAAUAGAGGUAUAACUAGAAACUGAUGAUAUUUUUGUUAAUUGUUUAUGUUCAAUAUGUGCAAUUGUUCUACUUAUGAGUAUGAGAACUGUCCAUAUGCUAUCCAUGUGCAUGGAAAGAAAAAAAAUGGCAAUUAUUUAUUCAACAAUAUAUCAUUUGGGAAGUCCUUACAGCAUUGCAAACCCAAGUGGCCAACAACAAAUACAAUUAUUACAUUAUAAUAUAAACCUCUGUCCACAAAAAACUCUUUUAUGCCCAUAAUUAGGUAGUUUGGACAGAGCUUUAAAAUAAUAUAAUGAUGCAAUAAAAGUAAUAAUCCUUUUGAGUUUUUGGAGGAAAAUAUUAAUAUCUGUUAUAAGACUAAUGUGUGCUAACUUGAAGGAAAAUGUGUAUUUGACGCCAGGUACACCACAAAAUGAGUGCGCCCUCAUGCUUAAUUGGGGCAGGAUUUGAUGGAGCAUCAUCACAUGACAGUGUUAUUGCACAUAUUUAAAAGUGUCAUCUCGCAUUUUCAAAAUCUGUGCACUGUAAAACAAUUUGUGCUGUUUAAAAUUUUUGAUUGAAUGCAUUUUUUGAGUUAGCACAGUAUUCUUAUGAUAUCUCUAUGGUUAUAGAGGAAUACCUUGUCAUAUGCUCAUUUUCUUUGUUUAUAGAUAUUAAUAUUUGUGUUAUAUUUGCAAAAAAAUUUCAAACGGAAAUGAAGAGAAAUAUACAGACAAGCUUGGAUUAUGCGCAAUGUCAAGGUGUUUGUAAAUAAAGAGAGUUGGAAUUGGUAGUCCAUUUUGAACUGCAACAUCCAUGAGUGGCGGGUAUCUGUAUGUUAUUGCCCUUUUGAUUGAGGGAAGUUUCUUUACCAAUUUGAUGUUUUAAAAGUAGAUAUGUAACAACAAUUCUCAUGUUCCUAAUUGUACCCAGUACAUAACAUUUUGAGGGAAUAAAACCAAGCAAUGACAGGUU